CCUCGUGAUAUCCCUAGGGCCAAGAGGCUACAGCUUGAUAGGAAGCUCCCAGAGAACUUCAAAUACUACGGCAACUGGGGAUUUCCAAUCUACCGCACAUACUACGGCCCUGAAUCUAAUGAACACUGGGACAUGCUGCUCGACAUUUUGAAACGACAAACACAGCUCGCGCUCGGAUUUCUCGAGAUCGACAGUGAGUACAAGCACGACAUCGAACGACUGCACCGACCUUAUGAAAACAAGGACGAAUACUUGGAGGAAUUGACGCGACUCAAGAAACUGUUUCUUCUUGAUCCCCGCGAGGAUCAGGCGCUACUUGAUGGCCUCGACAUUCGUCAGCUUCGAGAGUUGUGCGAAUCUGAGCACCCUGAAGCGAAAAAGACCAUGUCGUCGGGAUAUUUUAGCUUCGUUCUUGUCGCCGACAAGGCGGUGCUCGAAGACAUUGCUAGGAGCGAAUUUAUUGUCAAGACGCUUGCCUACGGCUGGAGAGAAGGCGGUUUAAACUGGGAUUGGAUGAGAAUCCCAUCGGGAUGCUUGCUGGAGCUU